AUGUUCUCAGAAUAUGCCUCUCGCUUCCUUGCCCAGUCACAAUCACGACUACUUCCUCACUCUGACGAAACACGCAAGAAAGGGCAUGGACGGCUGAUGCAGCAACCGGGAAGCUCCCGCUUUCCAUCCUCACGUUCCUUUUUGCAAAGAGCAACCCUUGACCCAUAUCAACCAACGGCAUCUCAAAUUUCUAAUCUUCCUCUUGGGUCGCGAAACUUGGCCCAGCAUGCGCCUCUUUUCUACAGCGCUACUGAUAAUUUUUGCGAAGAGGAUGAUGAAGCAGAGCAUGAGCGUGAGAUUGCGGACUUCUAUGCCCUUCAGAAAUCAAGGCGAAAUUUCGGCAGUAGCCAUCUGAAAGCUUCUUCGGAGAUCGAUGAAGAUGAUGACCAUUCAAAUAGUGUUGGGGAUUACGGAACAUCCAGAUAUGGAAGAUACUGCAAGGCGCAAGGCAUAAGAAGCUCCUGGCGUGCUGGAACGUCCUGUCACGGAGAACAAGAGGUAACUGCGGAGACCGUACCUGAGGCUGCUGAGGUUGAAGAUGGACCACCUAUGGAUGAAUAUAAUAUCAGAGCUAGAGAGAACCUAGUGGACGUUCACCUCGAAGAUAGCCUGCGAUCUGCGUCGGAUGGUGAUAGAGCCGAUUCUUCAGAGACAGGUGAUGAUAAUCCUCCCUCCGUCCAACGAUUUCGGGGGGAGUCUCAAUCACGAAAGGGCAAUUUUGGCAUAGGUUCGUUUUUCAUGCCAAUGGGGGCGGAUAGGCAACCGUCAAUAAAUGACCCCCGGUCACUAAGUCCCACAGACCGUGUUCAAGCCUCGUUUGCCCCGGUAAGAACCGAAUCGCCAGUGCACGAUCUCUUUUGGGGCCAACUCUUUUUAAUAUCUAUCGCUUGUCUUUUCGCCACUUCUUUCCUCGUCUACCUCCACACUUCCAUUCCUUCAGAGGAUAAAUCGACAUGGGGCGACACGAUAUACUUGACUAUUCACGCCUCAUUUUAUCUGCUUGGAUUCUAUACUGUUGCCUCGGUUUUUGUCUCACUGCUUUGGCUUGCACUACUGCGGUCCUACAUACGUCAACUGGUAUACGUGAUCAUAUUCGCUGUUCCCGUGAUCUUAUAUUCCUUCUCUCUUUAUCCAUUUGUUUCAAGCUUCAAAGGCGCCUGGCAUGGAACAAGCAUACAGGAUAAGGUAAUGAGAUGGGGAUCCAUUGCCCCAUUCAUUAUAGCUAGCGUGUGGAUAUACAAUGUAAUCCGGGGCCGUCAUGCUAUAGGCAAAGCGAUCAGAAUUCUCGAGUUUGCUUGUCGGAUCCUCGCCACAAAUCCAGAACUCCUGAUCCUUGGACUUGGUAUUCUCGCCUUCAUCGUUUCAUGGACAUGGUUGUGGAUACUUAUGUUCACGCGGGUAUUCCUAGGGGGAACCAUAGCGGGGCCGGGUCGCUUCAUCAUCAGUUUCAGUAGUUGGUGGCUCGGGGUCUAUUUCAUUCUUGUUUAUGUCUGGUCACUGGGAGUUAUCGCUGGCAUUCAGCGUGCAGUAACAGCUGCUACAGUGAGCCAGUGGUACUUCCACCGACUCACAUCCCCUGCCCCGACAUCAAGGCAGAUCGUUUGGGCAGCAAUUAGUCACUCACUCACGGCUUUAUUUGGCACGAUUUGUUUAUCCAGAUUAUGUGCACUCCUUGUUCGACUUCCUCUUCUCUUACUCCCGAGUCGUGCAACCUCUGUCUUAAGCUUGUUCGCCUACUCCGUUCUGCCCACUCCAGUCACAACACUCACAGAUCCUCUUGCACUCACUUAUGCUUCAAUACAUUCACAGCCGCUGGUGGUAUCUGCUCGAAGUCUUGCCCGGAUGACGACUCUUUCGCCUACGAUGAUUAAUUCCUCGCUUCAUCCUCGGUCCUAUUCACGAUCUCACGAAAGCUUGACGCCUCUUAUCCCAUAUCGGCUUUCAAAACUGAUCCUUCACGCUGCCCGACUCAUGAUGUCCCUGGCUCUUGGGUUUGGGGGUUGGGUGACUACUGCUCGUGACCUAGGUGUGUCGAGCGGUAGUGGUGUUAUUAGAGGCAGCGUAUAUGCUUAUGUGGUCGGGCUCAUUGCGGGAACGAUCGGCUGGAGUGUGCUGGGAGCAAUAGAGAGUGUAAUAGCCGAUAUUGUAGAUGCCUCCGUCAUCUGUUGGAGCAGCGAGGUUGGCGCAUAUGGUAGAGAGGCUAGGUAUUGUCGGGAAGCUGGCUGGCUCUUUGGUGAGGGGCCAAGUUUAGACUCGAGCUUUGCGCGUCAUCGAGAAGCACCUUGA